AUGCCGCUGAUCUUUCGUGAAAUACAAGGUGAUCUUUUUUCGGCUUCAUCGAAUACAUCGCUUGCAAAUUGUGUUUCAAGAGAUUUGUGUAUGUCUAAAGGUAUUGCAACAUUAUUUCGCAAUAGAUUUGGUCAAGUCGACGAACUUAAAAAACAAGAUGUUCCGGUUGGUAAUUGUGCUUAUAUUACUGUUGAUGAUCGUUGUAUUUUCUAUUUGGUAACAAAAGAAAGAUAUUUUCAUAAGCCAACCAUGGCAACAUUAGAAUCAAGUCUUCAUGUAAUGCGUGAUUUAUGUAUUAAAAAUAAUGUUCAUCAUUUGGCGAUGCCUCGGAUUGGUUGUGGAUUAGAUAAACUUAAUUGGGAUCAAGUAUCAAGACUGAUCCAACGUGUAUUUGCAGAAGAUGAUAUCGAAAUCACGAUUUAUUCGAUUUAA